AUGCAGGAAAUUAGUUCGACCCCACAGCUUCGAGAACCCCAAAUGACAGACGAGAUUGCCAAUCAAGCACAAAGAAAUUUUUUUGAGGAAGACGUGGUCAUGAACAACAACGAAUCGGCUGCAACGAAUAACAUCGACAUGACAGGUGUUGGAAUCCCAACUACAACAUCUAUGGAAGACGACAAUAAGACACCAACAGAAGUGGCGCAAGGAAGAAGACGUAGUAGUGAUUGGCGAGGCAGUCGCGAGCAAAGAAAUCUAAUUGAGGAACGACGCCAGACAUGGCGCAAGAGUCAAGAUAUCCAGAUUCAGCGACUCUGGAACACUAUUAGCAGCAACAACCAAGACAUCAAGUACCCUGGCUUCGCGAAUAUCGACGAAUUCGAGGAAGCUGUUUGUCCCACUCCUCCUGUAAAUCAAGCAUUGGAACCAGAAGAGAUGGGAUUAUUCUCGGUGGAUAAAGACGGGAAACCAAUAUUCAGUCCUGCGAUAAGUAAGAUGAAUCAGGAAAGCAACUACGAGGAUGAUCACGAGGGACCGGAGAACAUUGGAUUUGAUAGAUUGAGGAGAAGGGGAGGAGUUGAUGCUGGGACUUUGAGAGCACAUUUACAAGCGGCUCUUGAAACGAAGAUGAUGUGUCGGAAUACAAGCAAUGAGGCAGAGCGUCUUGCGAUAGAAGUCGAGUGCCAAGAUAUUAUGAAUCAGAUGGACGCUCUCACUCUCCAGUAG